AUGGCAAGUUUGGACGUUAGAGGAGGCAGGCAAAGAGGAGGUUACAACAAUAAUGGAACAUCUACAUUGACUGGCAGAAACCAGCCCAGAUCUGCAUACAAUGCAAACAAUAAUGUUUACUAUCCACAAGCCUCCUUCUUAGCCUACCCACCACAAGGUUCUGCUAAUAGGUUUGCAUCUGGAAUACCUAAUAAUCAGCAGCAGAAGUUAGUGACAAUGCAGGCACCAGCUCAGCAGAGGUUCAUGCCACCCCAACAGACACCUCAAAUGAAUUUGUAUAACAAUGGAAACAACAAAUUUCAAACUAUGCCAAGACCUGUACAACCUAAUGAUUUUAAUGUCGGUCGUGGUGGAGGAAUGGUCUUCAACAGUAGUAACAAUCGUGGGGCAAGAGGAGGUAUUCGUGGAUGGAGUGCUGACAGGGAGGUGCCUGAUCUUAUAAGGGGUGGUCAAACGAGCCAGUGGAAUGGAAACAUGCGAGGGCCCUUGUUGAAUUCAUUCAAUAGCAACAACAACAAACCAUACAUGAACUCACACUUGGACAACGCAUCUGGGGACGCAGCAUACAACUACCACCCCCCAUACAGCAUGCCCGUGCCAGCAAGGGGGCGAGGAGGGUACGUUGGCGGACGAGUUGGUCUGGGGUACCAUCAUCAUCAUCAUGACAGCCACCCAUACAGUGAAGGUGGACAUUUUGAUGAGAACAAGGAAUGCGAUCCGGCUGACUGGACCAAGGCCCUGCCCAGGAAUGAAAAAUUGGAACAUGAACUGUUUGGAGGAGCCCACACUGGCAUCAACUUCAGCAAGUACGAGGACAUCCCUGUUGAAGCCACCGGCGCUGAUUGCCCUCCCCACAUCGACAGGUUUGAUGACAUCGACUUGGGCGAGAUAAUCAAGAACAACAUAAAGUUAAGUCAGUACGAAAGACCAACACCCAUACAGAAGUAUGCCAUUCCCAUCAUUGUCAAGAAGAGAGACAUCAUGGCUUGCGCUCAGACAGGUUCUGGCAAGACGGCAGCCUUCCUUGUUCCAAUCUUGAGUCAGAUCUAUGCUAAUGGACCGUGCAGCAGUGCUUCUAAUGGCUCUUCUCGACCGUACAAGCAGGAGAAGCAGUACCCAAUUGCAUUGGUCCUGGCCCCUACAAGAGAGCUGGCGAGUCAGAUUCAUGAUGAGGCCAGGAAGUUCUCCUAUCGUUCGCACGUUCGUGCGUGCAUCGUUUACGGAGGAGCAGAUAUCAAUGCACAGAUGCAGGAUCUACUCAAGGGAUGUCACUUGUUGGUAGCUACCCCCGGUAGAUUGGUCGACAUGAUUGAGAGAGGAAAGAUUGGCAUGGAUAGAGUCCAAUACCUAGUGCUGGAUGAGGCAGAUCGCAUGCUGGAUAUGGGGUUCGAACCGCAGAUCCGUCGAAUUGUCGAGAAGGACACAAUGCCCGCCACAGGAGUUCGACACACACUCAUGUUCAGUGCCACAUUCCCCAGAGAAAUUCAGAUUCUUGCUCGUGACUUCUUGCACAAUUACAUCUUCCUUGCUGUUGGCAGAGUUGGUAGUACCAGUGAGAACAUCACACAGAAGGUGUUGUGGGUUGAAGAAUAUGAGAAGAGGGUCGUCCUCCUGGAACUUCUUGCUGCUUCAGGUCCAAACAACUUGAUCCUGAUAUUUGUGGAAACCAAACAAGGAGCUGACCAGUUGCAUGCUUUUCUCUCCAUGGAGAACUUUCCAACCAACUCGAUACAUGGAGACAGAUCACAGAGGCAGAGGGAAGAAGCAUUGAAAGCAUUCAAGACUGGCAAGACUCCUAUUCUUGUUGCUACUGCAGUCGCCGCUCGUGGAUUGGACAUCAGCAAUGUGAAGCAUGUCAUCAAUUUUGACCUGCCUGGUUCCAUUGAGGAAUAUGUCCACAGGAUUGGAAGGACCGGAAGAGUCGGAAAUUUGGGACUGGCAACAAGCUUCUUUAAUGAGAAGAAUCGAGGCCUGGCGAAGGAUCUGCUGGAGCUGCUGUCAGAGGCUCACCAGGAAGUUCCGAUCUGGUUGAACGACAUGGCCAGCAGGAACUAUUACGGAGGGUCCUCUUCAGCGGCUGCCGGUGCUGCUGCUGGCAGUGCUAACAAGAAGCACAGUGCUAUCAAGAGGUUCAAUACAGGGUUUGCCUCUCGAGACUACAGGCAGCAUCAUCAACUUCAACAAACAACGCAGCAACCGCAACUUGCUCGUCCACAGCCCAACUUGGCCACUGCCAUCCAGCAGCAGCAGCUACCGCUCACAGCUGCACAUCAUCCGCAACAACAACAACAACAGCAGGCGCACCAACAAGCAGCGCAAGCACAACUGCCAAUCAACAACCAUCUCCUCUACAACCAACAACCGACUACUGCCUACGUCUAUGGAGGUUUCCACCAGGGUUACUAUGGCAACCAGUUUCAGACUGGUCAGUCAGAGUGGUGGGGCCACAAGUAG